AGCCUCGGCCGCAGGCAGCGUCCCUUCUCCAUGACAACACAGGGGCGGGAUCACUUCCGGGAAUGGGGAAGAAGCGAAAGUCAAUCACCGGAAGGGAUUUGGCCGGUACGGCAGAGACGAAGGGACAAACUACCUCAAGGCCUGGGCGUUUGCUUGCCUCCUAGCAACCCGCGGCGGGAACUUCAGGGUGAACAGUGCUAGGUCAACAGAAGAAUUCUUCAGUCAACCUAGCUACCAACUCUGGGACAGGUGGAUUAACUACAAUACAGUGAUAGGCAAACCCCUUCUGGCACUGGAGUGACACUCCUAGGGAGCGUGUGACACUGUAGUCAAGAGGCAGAGCACCUUUCAGUGAUAGGGAAUGGAAGUGACCAGGUACCAAUUCUCCAGGACAACCAACAACUCUGAGGAAAGGGUUCUAGCUCAUUUCAGUAACAUACUGCUAGUGCUGGACGAGAUGCCAAACUUCCCUGAGGAGCUCCAAGGGGCAAAGAAAGGGAUUCUGUAUCUCACACAGUACAAAAUGAUAUUCCAGCACAAGGACAAGGGCUCCACGACCAUCCGCUUUCCACUUCAGCUCCUGGGGGACUGUAUGAUAGGGGAGGAGCUGAGCUCCAGACAGCAAUAUAUCAAAGGGACUAUUACUUCCAGUCAAGGUGUUCUCACCUUCAAAUUCAUCUUCCUGUAUGAAGCCACUGAUUGCCUGAAUAUGAUCAAAACCCUGUCUUCAGCAGAUACAUUAAGAGAGGCUGCUAAUCUUCAGGACUAUCCAACAGCCUCCAUCUACACCUACGCCCACCCAUCAGCACCUCGGGUUCCCCGUUUGCUCAACACACUUCCAUAUUGGCCACCCCCCUAUCCUGGCCCGCCAGAGUUACCCCCACCCUACUCUGAAGUGGAGUCAACAAGCCCAAGAGAGAGCCAAGGGGGCUGCUGCUGCCACUGCAGGGCCCUGAGAACCCAAGAACAGACAGACAGGCAGAACUGAGGAGCCAGCCCAGAAAUAUUCCAUGGAGCUGGGACCAUGCAUCCCUGUGGACUAUUAAAUUAGAAUUGAUUCCUGGCCUCUGAUGGAUUUUCAGUCAUUCUUCUCCAUUCAGCCAGGCAGGAAGGGGGAACAUAGGUAUCAAGAAAUUCUUUAGUGCUCACCAUUUUGAAGCACACAGUGUGUGUAGGAGGUGAUCAUAGAACAAGGUGUUAUAAUACUGGACUGGAAGACAGAUCUAAUCUCAGCUGUGCUGGGGGGAGGGAUAGCUCAGUGGUUUGAGCAUUGGCCUGCUAAACCCAGGGUUGUGAGGGAGCCAUUUAGGGAUCUGGGGCAAAAAUCAGUGUGGGGAUUGGUCCUGCUUUGAGCAGGGGGUUGGACUAGAUGACCUCCUGAGGUCUCUUCCAACCCUGAUAUUCUAUGUGCCUUGGACAAGUCACUGUGUCUCAGUGUCCCCACCAAUAAAAUGGAAAUAAUGAUAGUGACUGCAGAGGAGGAUUGUAAGACUCAAUGAAUGUAUGUAAAUUGCAUUGAGAUUCUUGGGUAGAAAGCACUAGAGAAAAGCCAGGCAUCAUUACUACAAAUUUUAGUUGCUUAUAAAUGAACAGAUUUUGAGGGGAAGGGAUGGUGGCAUACAGUUGUGGGUGCUUCAAAGCUCUGAUACCCAGGCCAAGUAAUCAACAGAACCUCUUCUGUCAUAAGAGGUACUUCACUACAGUACAGUGAGCCCUCUAAUAAAUGACCACCCCGGGGCCAGCAAAAAUCAGUUGCCUUGAAGAGAAAGGGCCAGAUUCUCCAGUCUUCAAAGGUGACUUUGCACCAUAUAAGUGGCACAAGGCAGCCAGAGCUGGCCAGUGGAGGAUUAUCCCUGCGAAGGGGAACUCUCCACUGGUGAAUAGUGAAUGGAGGCUGCCCUGCUGCCUCCUGUGUCAGCUGUUGCCCCCGGCGUCCCAACACAUGGGGAUUGAGGGUAUAUGUAAGGGACAAGGUGUGGCCAGGAGGCUCCACUAUGCCCAGUCUUCUACGAGUGUAAACUAGGGUUGCCCCUGAAUCAGAGAGAUGCAACACAGGGUGUUUAAAUAAAGAUUGAACAAAAUGAUGCUAGAAACCUUAGGCAUAUCGUUAAGUGGUCCCUGUAGACAGGAAGUAGCCAGCUGCAUCUGAAGUGGGUUUUUUACCCACAAAAGCUUAUGUCCAGAUAAAUCUGUUAGUCUUUAAGGUGCCACCGGACUCUCAGUUGGAGGUUGUACUUAGUGCAGGUUACAUAAUUUAUUAUGUAUUAUUCUUUAAACGCUGGUGCCCCAGAUAUCAGAUUGAAAGCCCCUCUAUGCACCACAUAGGUACAGAAGAGGCAGUGACCAUGCAGUCUUUCCCAUAUUCUAUGCCUGCCCUGGAGGGAUCAUCUCUCGGGGCAUUACUAACACACAGGGAGACUGUAGCUUUGUUUGUUUCAGAGUGAGGGAGGCUCACAAUUAUUCUGUAAGUGUUAUUAGUUCAGCAUCCCUGGUCUCUCUACAACUUAAUGCCAGCUGUAUGGGGGAGGUGGACACUCACCAGAAAUGAGAGGCCUGAGAGCACUAACUCAUUUCUCAAGUACCCACCAGCCAUUAAUGACUUUUAGUCACUAACAAAUCUUGGCCAACUGGCAAAUUCCAGGUGAUCUUUGUCACUGCUGUAAAGGAAACCUCCCCUGGGGAAAUCUUCUCCUCAGGGAUGAGUUCUCAGCGGUGCCCAAGACAAUGCGCUUGUUUGAAAUCUGUGAGAGAACAUAUGGGAAGUUGACUGCUGAUUGGCUGCUAUGGGGCGGGAAUGAUUUAUAAUUGUUUAAAUAGGAUUGAAAACCUCUGUAAUAUUUUGCUGCUUUUCCUAAUACCAUUACAGCCCUCUCCAUAGCAACCAGUUGAGACAUCAUAGACUUUGUUCCUGGCCUGAGAGGUUAGCUAUGAGGACUAAAAUUGUGAUCUGGGGGCAGGCAGGGCACAGCAGUGUGGAUGGCUAAGCUAAUGAAAAACAUUAACAAUGCUGGCCAUGCUGGAAGAAGGAUAAAGUAUCUAAGAAAGCAAGAAUUAAAUAAAAAGAAGAACAUCCGAAGAAGUGGGCUGUAGUCCACGAAAGCUUAUGCUCUAAUAAAUUUGUUAGUCUCUAAGGUGCGACAAGUACUCCUGUUCUUCUUUUUGCGGAUGCAGACUAACACGGCUGCUACUCUGAAACCUGUCAAGAAUUAAAUGAAGAGCAAAAAAAAAUCAACUCAGUGGUAUUUACUUGGCAGAACAAUUUAAAAGUUUAAAUGUAAAGAUCAGUGGAAAGAAUGUGUAUUGAACUUCACAGCUGUCAGUUAGGCUGGCCACCACAGCAAUGUAGAACUUGAUGGCCACAGCAGGGAGAGAACUCAGAUUCUCCUGCUCCAAGAUCGACUUUUGUUUGAGCUAAAGGAGACUCUCUAUUACAUGACAGCAGUACAGGGUCUAUGAUGCAGAGUGGACACUUCUGAUUCCAGCCUGUGAUGCCCUGGCCAGCUCAUUGUGGUAUUUUGUUCUAUUUUUUUAUUAGGAUCAACUAAUAAAUUAUUUGAUUAUUAUUAAUAAAAAUACCUAGCUCUUAUCUAGUGCUUUCGUAAGUAGCUCUCAAAAUGCUUUACAAUGGAUAUUAUCCCUAUUUUGCAGAUGGGGAAACUGAGGUACAGAGAGAUGAUGUAACUUGCCCAAGGUCGCACAUCAGGCCAUUAGCAGAGCUGGGAAUAGAAUCCAGGUCUUGAGUCCCAGCCCAUUGCUCUAUCCACCAGGCCCAGCUGGCUCUCUCAGUUAAACAAACACUGAUUUUGCCUGGGGGCAGACAGGCACCUAAUGCUUUAUAUUCCAAAGUGGGAACUGGUACUGGUUUCUCACUGGGAGGGCUGCAAAUAAGGCCGGGGGUAAGGUCAACAUUGACUAACGCGGUGCCAGGAUACUGUCAUCAGUCAAAGAAGUAAAUUAUGUCUCUCAUGAAAAAUAAACACAAAACAAAUUUCA